UUAUUAGUAUGUUCCAUAUAUUGAUCCGAGAUGUUCCUGUGGUGCUGAAUUAUGCAUCACCGUGUAUAUGUGAUUGCGGCUGCGCGCGUAUAUAAGCAUGUCACAAGCAUCGACCCUAACUUGUCAUUCAGAGUUUUACAAUCCCAGAUAAGUGUACAUUUUACAGGGCGCGAUUUGGGAGAUACAAAUAAGGAAGAAUGGAGUCAUCACACAAGCUUUUCCAGGCCAUUGCCAUCCUCCUCCUGCUCCUCGUCGCCACCGAGGUGGUGCCAGCGCAGGCACGAGAGUGUGAGACAGAGAGCGAGCGGUUCAACGGGCUGUGCUUCGUGUCCGCAAACUGCGCCGGUGUGUGCGGUGCGGAGGGGUUCACCGGCGGCAAGUGCUCCGGCUUGAAGAGGAGCUGCAUGUGCACGAAGGAGUGCUAGAAGAUAUCAUGAUAUAUUUAGGUGGUUGGAUGGUGAUAAUUAUGAACUUAUUCUUCGCAUGGUUUGAAUUACCUUUGUUCGUAUGUCUGAUAAAGUUCCAGGUUCACCGCGACGUUAUCCUUGGGUUCGAAUGAAGGAAAAUGUUUUGUUUCUUUAAAGAAAAGAAAAUGUGUGGCCCAUGAGAGUGCUCAUGGGAUCACAUGUAUCUCCUUUUUUCUGUAUUUUUCUCUUCUUUCUGGGUGUGCCUAGCUCUUAUCUAGAUGAGACAUAACUAAGUACCAUCAAACUCCUAUGCCAUUUGAUUUUACAUAGAGAUUCGUGAAGAUUUUUUCCUUUCCUUUUUCUUUGAUUAAUCAAAUGGUGUACAAGUUAGAUGGACAUUGUUAAUUCUCAUCUAGACAAGAAUUAGCAAAUCUGCUGCUUUAUAUAUAGAAGUUGCCAGGACUAGCAGUUUGUAGUAGUGUUUUUUUGUGAGAUAGGUCUCAUUGUAGCUGAACUAUCAGAGUUUUGAUUUUUUUAGCAGAACCAGAUUUCGGGUACAAAUGUCCAA